AUGAGAGUAAAAUCAGUAGGAUAAAGUGUUAAAUAUUCAAACAAAAACAGCUAAAAGGUAUCAAAAAAGUAGGAAAAAAUAAUUAGACUGUAAAGUUUAGAGGAACUCAAAUUAAUCCCAUAGAUUUAUGUUAAAGAAGUGGUAUUAACUGAGGUAAUUUUAAGCCAUCUUGAUACACUAUCAAGAGUAGUUAAUUUGCUCUAAAAGUAUGAAAACACAAGGUAGGAAAUUAACUUGAUUGCAUUUGAUCAAAACCAGGUUUAAGAGGUAUUUAAGCAUUUGGAUUCUCACUUAGAUGAAGAGCAAUUUUAUCCUCAAGUGCGAAAUACUAGAAAUUAAAUGAGGAAGGUCAUUCUAAAGUAGUUAUCUCAUCAUUUGACAGAGAUUCAAGAGUUAUAUGAUCUUCCUUUUGUUCAUUAAUGUCUUUAUAAUCAAAGACAGCUUUAAAGAGAAGUGCUAUUAAAUAGAUUUGACUCAUAGAUCUAACAGAUUUAUCUUAGAGAAGCAAAUUCAAGAUAGACUGCAAGUAUUAUAAUAGCAUUUUUAGCUCAUAAAAAGAAGGAAAAUGCUAUGAGAGUCUAUAAAGAAAUAAAUACUAUCAGAUAGCUUGAAUCUUGGUAGAAAGAGUAUCUAAAUAGAUCUUACUAUUAAAUCUUACAAAAAUAUUAAUAAAAGGUGAUGUAAAUAUAACAUCAAAGCUAUUUUCUGAAAUUUUUAGGUCAUGAAAACUAGGAAAAUGUAAUGAGAGUCUAUGAUAAUUAGAAUGCUAUGAAAUACAUUGGAUUAUUUCAUAAUUAAGAAAAAUGUUAAUAAUAAUUUAAAGCUCUCCGAAAAUAUUGCAGGAAUGAAUAAAAUAAACAAUCCAAAAAUUAAGAAGAAAAGUAGAAGUAAUAAGAAUAAUAGAGAAACAUAUCGAAAGAAUGUGAAAGAAAAUACUCAAAUAUUUCAUCUAAUUUAGCAAGUUAAAAAUUAACCUUUGACUUAUCUUAGACUUAAAGAGCAAACCUAUCCAAUCUUAUUUAGAGUAGGCAAAUAACACAAUUUAAAUAGAAACUAAUUUACUAUUCAACCAAAUAAUCUUGUUCUCUUAAAUAGAAAUCCUUAAAAUAGAUUUAAGAUUAAUGCUAAUUCAAGGAAAAUAAACUUUUAGGAGGAGGAGGAUGUGGUAGCAAACCAAAACUUACCUCUAAAAAUGCGGAUUCAAAAAAAAAAGAGUAAUAAUAAUAAAAAUAAAUAGAAAAAAUAAUUGAUGAAAAGGAAUAGCUUAAGAAAGAUUUUGAAAUUUAGAAAUCUGAAGAUACAAAUUAUGAAGAAUUAAAAAUUUUUAAAGAAUUUAACAAAAAAUAUGAUGAAUAUUUUGAUACUGAAGAAGUGAGUGCAAAAGAAAUAGAAACACAUGUCAGAAGAAUCAUCGAGAAUGCAUUAUAUGACUUUAGAGAAUAAAUAGUUUAGACAGACAUUAGACUUAAAGUGAUUGAUCUGAUUAAUUUACUCAUAAAUUAUUUGCUCAUUAUUAAAUAAAGCGAUUCGAAAUCAUCAAUACAAUCCGACAUCAAUUAAAUUGGCGAGAAAAUAUAAAGACUCAUUAUAUAUUGCAAAGAAAAUAAAGAGAGACAUGCAUGUUUGGAUCUUUAUCAAUAUUUUGAGAUUUUAAAAGCUUUAAAUUCUCAAAGAAUAGGGCUAGAUGAAGCUAAUAAACAUAUUGCAAUCAAAAUAUUUGAAAGAGUAGUCGAAGUUGUUAAAUUUGGAGCAGGAUUUGUAAGUAUUUCUGGAGCCAUCAAAAAUUUAACAGAAAUUGAUUUAGAUAAAUUAAAAAAAUUCUUUAAUUAAGUCAAGUAAAUUGCAGCUUAAGCUAUUAAAGAUGGAAAGGAGAUUGCUUAUAAUUAUAAUAGCAAUAAUUUAACCAAUAAUAUGAUGUCUUUAUGGCUACAAAAAGUUGAAUUCAUGGGAGAUAAUCUUUCUGAUAACAUUUUAGAAAUUAUUUUUUAUUUGGAAGAAUCUGAAAAAAUUACAAAUAAUGACACAAGAUUAUUUGUUUAUAUGCAAUUAAAUUAUUUGUUAUCUAAGUAGCAAAAAAAGGAUAAUUUUAAAGAGCUAUCUAAUAGAUUGCAAAAAGAAAAUAAGCUAGAACUAAUUAUUAAUUAAUCAAAGUUCUUGUAAGUUGAAGAAUACUCUGACGGUAUCAUUAAUAAGCUUAAAAAUUUAGCUAAUUUUAUGGUCAAAAAUCACCAAUUUAGAUAUUUAAAAGCUUAGUUGCUUUUACAUUUUGCCUAAAUCCUCUCUCAACUAUAAAAAAAAAAUGAAUUUGAUGCUUUAAUGAUUGGUAUAGUCUCAAACUAUUUGUAGGAAAAACAAAAGUCUGUUAAGAUUACCUAUUAAAACAAUUAAAUUUUGGCUGAUUUCAUUCAUAAUCACCUUGAUAAGAGCCAAAUUUUAAUACAAAUAAAUUAAUUCAAAAACCAAAUUACUAAGCAUUUAGACGACAAAUAAGAAUAUAAUGAAUUUGCAUAUGACAUUUAAAAUGAAAAUGAUUUAGAUAAGCAGCUAGCUAAGUAUUAUGUCGAAAUUUGGAAGCAAAGUGUUGAAUAAAGAUAAAAAAUGCUCUAAAUGGCACACAAGGAUGAUGUUCUACUUGAAGCUAUUCAUUUAUAUGUCAAUUAACAGAUAACUUAUAUAGAGGGAUAAGAAAUUAACACAGAAGAAAAAGACGCAGUCAAAUAAAUUAUUGAUCAAUUCCUCAUUCCUAACUUCGUAGUUUCUUAAGAUGAUAUUUAAGAAGAAGAGGAGGGAGAUGAAGAAAAUAAUCAAAAAAAUAAUGAAUAAUCAUGUAAAAUCAUAUCAAUUUUAGCUGAAGGAGGAUCUGGAAAGUCAAUGCUUUUAAAGAAGUUAGAAGUUGAACUUCUGAAUCGGGAUUCAGAUUACACCAAAGACAACAGAUCAGAUUUUAUACCUUUAAUAAUAAAAUGCAACUCUUUAGACAGUAAGAAUCCUUCUAUUGAAGACUAUCUAGAAUCCGUAAAUAUAUAGAGAAAAGAUAUUGACUUAUUAAAGAAAUCUGAGAGAAAUAAGCUAAUCAUGCUUGAUGGUUAUGAUGAAUACAACGGAGACUAUUUUAAAGUUUAUCAUAAAUUGAAACUUAAUGAGUGGGUGAAUACUUUAAUUAUCGUAACUUCUAGAUUAGAAAAAAUCACAGUUUCUGAUGCUAAAAUCUACUUUAACUACUAUGAUUCGCAAGGGAUGAAAGGUCAAAAUAAUUCUUUUGCAAUCUUCAAACUUGAAAAAAUUACUCAUCAAGACAUCGAAGAUUAUUUAUCAAAGUAUAAACAAUAGUCAAAAAAUACCAAAGAUUUUAAUCCUGAAUAGCAUGAUAAGCUUAAAGAUAUUAUUUUUAAAAAUAAAUAAUUGACUUAAUUGCUUAAGCUGCCAAUAAAUUUGUAUCUCGCAACCAGAAUGAUUAAUGAUUUAGACCUUAAUAAUGAAAAUAUAUCCAAUGCUUUUUAAGAAGUCUCUGAUUAGAUUGAGAUUUAAGAACUCUUUUUUUCAUAACAGUUCAAAAAACAAUCUAAAAUUUUCAUUGAAUAAUAGAAAAAACUAAGUAUCACUGAUAUGUAAAAAUAAGAAUUAAUGGAAAAAGUAGAAUCUUGCUACUUUGAAUAUUUCUAGUUUAUUGCGAUGCACAUGUUUAUUUAAAAAGGUUAAAAAUCAAAUUAUCUUUCAACAACAAGAGAUUCUAUUUAAUUUAAAAUCAGAGAAGAAGUUUCUGCUUUCUUCAAAAAAAGUAAAAUAAAUGUUGAUGAUCUUAUUGAAAAAUUAAACAAUUAUGUUGAUUCUAGAGUUGUAACAAGGAUUUAAUUGAAAUUUAAUGAAUAAACAAAAUCUAAAUAAACAUAGUCUCAAACUGAGAAAUAGAAAGUCGAAAGAGAAGACUUAAAAUAAGAAUUUGAGUUCAGACACAAGUCUCUUUUUGAAUAUUUUGCUGCUAGAGCCAUGAAAUAUGAUUUCGAUUUGCAUUAAGAUAAUGUCUUCAAGCUAGAUAUUUAAUAACUGAAAUAAUUUAAUAUUAACAAAAGAAUCAUAAUGAGCAACUAAAAAAAUGCUUCAGAGUAAUAAAUUCUUUUAAAGCUUUACAAAUUAAUGAAAUCUUAUCUUUGCUCACCAUUUUUUAAGUAAACUUAUACUCAGGAUGACAUUUCUAAAACAAACAAAUACAUAUAAUUCAUUAAAAAAUCUACGAUUUCUAAGUAAACUUAAAUAAGCGAUAUAGAUAUUGGAGCCUCUAACUUAUUGUCUGCUCUUUUUGUUUCUAAAUUUUCUUAUCCUCAUUUGAUUUUCAAAAAAUGUUCAUUCUCCUAAACAUACAUAUCUUCUAAACCUGCUAGAUCAGUUGAAUUUAUAGAUUGCAAUUUGAAUGAUUCAUUGAUAGAAAGAUAAAAUUUAGAAAAUUAUGAAACUUCAAACACCAGAAAUGCAGUUUUUAGUGGUUUCUAGAAAUAUUGUGAUACUGAAGAUGUUUUCUCAUUUAAUCAAGUUAUUUUUUAUAAAAAUACUCUUGUAACUAUCACAAAAACUGGUUAUAUAAAUUAAUUUGAUAUUAAACACAAUAACAAUAAAUCUUAUAAACAGCUCAUUUCAAAGCAUAUUACUAAUUCCCCUUUGAAAACUAUUCAUUUAAUCAACCCCAAAAAUAUAUUCGUUGUUAGUGCAAAAAAGUCUUUAUUUGAGAUAAAUACUGAAACUUUUGAAAUACUUAAUACUUUUACAUUUUCCUUCCCUAUUUCCAAUUUAACAAUCAAUAAUUCAAAAUACCUUGCUACAUUAGUUUCCAACUAAGUAUUUUACGGUGACAUUUAAAGUGGUUUCAAGCUCCUUGAUGUAAAUAGAAUCUAAGCUGAGCAGUCCUUAUUAACAAAUAAUAACAUUAUCACUUUUCAAAACCAAGAAAUUGACAUUUAUAGUUUAUCAAGCCUCUAAAUCAUAAAAAAUAUUCAAAAUUUUCCCUCUAGUUUAACUCUUUCAUCUCUUACUCAUGAUGGUAAAUAUCUUGCUACUUGUUCCGAUGAUAAGAAAUGCUAAAUCUGGAAUUUAGAAAACGGAUUUGAACUCAUUAAUACAAUUGAAACUGGACAUACUAAAGCAUUAUCUUCUGUUUCUUUUUCUUCAGACGGGAAGUUUCUUGCCACAGGUUCUUUAGAUACAACUUGCAAAAUCUGGGUUGUUGAAAAUGGAUUUUAACUCUAAAAUACAAUCAAAGAGCAUAAAGGUAGUAUUUCAUCAGUUGCUUUCUCAGUAGAUAACAAAUAUCUAGCAACAGGCUCUGAAGAUAAAACCUGUUCAAUCUGGAAUGUAGAAAAAGGAUUUGACUUGCUAAAUAAAAUAGAAGGAGAAACUAGUUGGAUUACAUCUGUUGCUUUUUCUGCAGAUGGUAAAUAUGUUGCUACAGGCUCUUAGGAUAAGACCUGCAAAGUAUGGAAGGUAGAUAAAGGAUUUGAACUCUUUACUAAAAUUGAAGGACAUACAGAAAAGAUUACCUCAGUAGCUUUUUCCUCUGAUAGAAAGUAUUUAGCAACCAGUUCAAGGGAUAAUACUUGUAAGAUCUGGAAUGCUCAAAAAGAUUUUGAACUCAUAAGUACAAUCAAAGAACAUCAAAAAGCAAUAAAUUAAGUUGCUUUUUCUUCGGAUAGCAAGUAUCUAGCAACGGCUUCAAGUGAUUUUACUUGCAAAAUUUGGGAUAUCCAAAAAGGAUUUUUACUGAUAAAUAGCAUUGAAGGACAUGAUAGAGCAAUCUAGUCAGUUGCUUUUUCACCAAAUGGCAAGUAUCUUGCAACAGGUUCUUUCGAUAGUACUUGCAAAAUCUGGGAUGUAGAAAAAGAAUUUUAAAUUGUUAUUACUAUUGAAGAAAGGAAAACUGUUUACUCUGUUGCUUUCUCUUCAGAUGGAAAGUACAUAGCAACAGGUUCAGAUGAUAAUACCUGCAAAAUAUGGAAUAUAGAAAAAGGAUUUGAAUUUACAAAUAAAAUUGAAGGACAUAGAGAUUAAAUUACAUCAGUUACUUUUUCUACAGAUGGCAAAUAUUUGGCAACUAGUUCUAAUGAUAAAAUUUGCAAAAUUUGGAAUGUGGAAAAAGGAUUUGAACUAUUCAAUACAAUUCUAGGACAUACUUCUUUAAUAAACUCUGUUGCUUUUUCUGCAGACAGUAAGUAUCUCGUUUCAGGUUCAGAUGAUAAAACCUGUAAAAUCUGGAAUAUAGAAAAAGGAUUUGAAGUUAUAUAUAGUAAUGAAGGGCAUACUGAGUGUAUUUACUCAAUUGAUUUUUCUGCAGAUGGCAAGUAUGUGGCAACAGGUUCUUGGGAUAGCACUUGCAAAAUCUGGAAUAUAGAAAAAGGUUACGAACUCAUAAAUACAAUCGAAGGGCAUACUUCAAAUAUACGAUAAGUUGCUUUUUCUACAAAUGGCAAGUAUUUAGCAACUGGUUCAGAUGAUAAUACCUGCAAAAUCUGGAACGUACAUAAAGGUUUUGAACUUAUUAUUACUAUUGAAUAACAUAGUGAAUCAGUUAAUUCAGUUGCUUUUUCUCCAGAUGGUUAAUAUCUUGCAAUAGGUUCCCAAGAUAAAACUUGCUCAAUUUGGGAAGUGGAAAAUGAAUUCGAGCUCAUCAAAGUUAUGCAAGGAUUUGAUAAAUAAGUUAUAUCAGUUACUUUUUCUGCUGAUUGCAAGUAUCUAGCAACAGGAAUAGAUGACGAUAAUAGCACUUGCUUUAUUUGGAGUGUAGAAUAAGGAUUUGAAGUCAUACACGGGGUUGAAGGGGAGACUAGAUUUAUUUAAAAAGUUGUUUUUUCAACAGAUAACAAGUAUCUAGCAACAUUUUCUUAAAAAAAUGGUUGUAUCUGGGACAUGCAAAACGGAUUUGAGCUGAUAAAUAAAAUUGAAACUGGUCAUACCGAUAAUGUUUACUCAGCUGCUUUUACUUCAGAUAGCAAGUAUCUCACUACAGGUUCAAGAGAUAAAACUUGUAAAAUAUGGAGUGUAGAGAAAGAAUUUGAACUUGUAUAUACAAUCUAAGAUCAUGCAGGUUAUAUUUACUCAAAUGCUUUCUCUACUGAUGACUAAUAUCUUGCAACUGGCUCAUUUUUAAAUAUUUGUACGAUCUGGAAUGUAGAAACUGGGUUUGAACUAAUAAAUAGCAUUGAUAAAUAUAAUAGCAAUCAGUCAUCAACUUCUUUUUCAUCAGAUGGAAAGUAUCUUGUCACAAUUUCAGAGGGUAUCACCUGCAAAAUUUGGAACUUAGAAAAAGGAUUUGAACUUACAAAUAAAAUUGUAGGGCAUGAUAAGACUAUUUAAUCAGUAGCAUUUUCAGCUGAUGACAAGUAUCUAGCAACAGGUUCAGAUGAUACCACUUGUAAAAUCUGGAAUGUCAAAAAUGGUUUUGAACUCGUUAAUAAGAUUGAAGGACAUAACAGUAGUAUUCUAUCAGUUGCUUUUUCUGCAGAUAGCAAGUAUCUUGCAACUGCUUCACUAGACAAAACUUGCAAAAUCUGGAAUCUACAAAAUGGAUUUUAACUGAUAAAAAAUAUUGAAGGACUUACAACUUAUAUUUCCUAAGUUUUAUUUUCUGCUGAUGGUAAAUAUCUCAUAACAUGCUAACACGAUGAGGAGACUUUUAAAAUCUGGAAUGCAGAAAAAGGAUUUGAAUUGUUGAGCUAAAAUGAAAUGGCUGAUAAUGAGAUUAAUAAAAAUGCUUUCUAAUUAUAUCAAUUUUGA